CCCCACUACCCCCCCCACCACUCCCUCCGCACUGAUGGCCGCGUUGUCGGCCUCGCUGCGGUCUCUGACCGCCGUCACCUCGCGGCCACUGCUGCCGCUGCUGCGACCUCCCCCCCUCCUCCUCCAUCAUCACCACCACCACAUCCUCCACCGUCCUCAGCAACAACAGCAACAACAACAGCAGCAGCACCAACAGCAGCAGCAGCAGCGUGGGCACAAGCGAUGGCUACGCGCCCACCUCGCACUUCAAGCACGCAUGGAGCGCAAGGCCGGGAAGCCGCCGCCCCCGCUACGACGCGAGCGUGACAACUUUGACCUGAGUGCCGAACUCGCGGCGCUCGCCUGCCGCUUGGGCGAGGAGCAUCUGAGCCCCGGGCAGCUCGCCGCCGCCGUCCGUAGCCCCUGCUGCGACCGCGGCCGCGGCCGUGGCGGCGAGAACCACGGCGAGCUGGCCGGGGACGGGGCCCGGUUGACCGCGGAAGUCCUCGACUCCGAGCUUGCCCGGGACUUCCCCCGGAUGCCCGACGGGGGACGCGACGCCCUGAGGACGUUUCUGAUGAGCGAUGAGACGCUGAGUGGGGUGGCGAGGGCUCUGGGCUUGGCUCACCUGGUGCUGGCCGCCCGAGACCCCCCCCCUGACUCGGCGCUGGCUCGCUCGCUGCUCGCCAUCGUGAGCCUCGUGAGAGCCAGCGGCGGUGAAGAGCGCACCAUCGCCUUCCUGCAGAGCUUCGUGCUACCCCAGCUGCUGUGUGGGGGUCGUGACCUCUUCUCGCUGUGGCCGGUGGGUGACCCCAUGAGUCUCCUGCGCGAGGAGACGGAGCGCCGCUCACGAGCCCCUCCCGAGCCACGGCUCAUCCGGAGCGCCGGGGCGGCCAGCGCCUUGCCCUGCUACCUGGUCGCUAUCUACAGUGAUGGCCGCGUUCUCUCCGAAGCUCCGGGUGAGACGCCGCUGGUGGCUGAGGAGGAGGCUGCACGCUCGGCUCUCAGACGCCUCUAUGGCUUCCCGGCGACUCGCUUACCUGCACAGUCCGUAGCGUCUGGGACUCACUCACAGCCACAGUCCGUAGCGUCUGGGACUCACUCACAGCCACAGUCCGUAGCGUCUGGGACUCACUCAACGUCUGAGACUCACUCACUCACAGCCACAGUCCGUAGCGUCUGGGACUCACAGCCACAGUCCGUAGCGUCUGGGACUCACUCAACGUCUGGGACUCACUCACAGCCACAGUCCGUAGCGUCUGGGACUCACUCACAGCCACAGUCCGUAGCGUCUGGGACUCACUCACAGCCACAGUCCGUAGCGUCUGGGACUCACUCAACGUCUGGGACUCACUCACAGCCACAGUCCGUAGCGUCUGGGACUCACUCACAGCCACAGUCCGUAGCGUCUGGGACUCACUCACAGCCACAGUCCGUAGCGUCUGGGACUCACUCAACGUCUGGGACUCACUCACAGCCACAGUCCGUAGCGUCUGGGACUCACUCACAGCCACAGUCUGUAGCGUCUGGGACUCACUCAACGUCUGGGACUCACUCACAGCCACAGUCCGUAGCGUCUGGGACUCACUCACUCACAGCCACAGUCCGUAGCGUCUGGGACUCACAGCCACAGUCCGUAGCGUCUGGGACUCAACGUCUGGGACUCACAGCCACAGUCCGUAGCGUCUGGGACUCACUCAACGUCUGGGACUCACUCACAGCCACAGUCCGUAGCGUCUGGGACUCACUCAACGUCUGGGACUCACUCACUAACUCACCGCCACAGUCCGUAGCGUCUGGGACUCUGCGUCUGAGGCGCACAUCCGGCUGAAGAUAGCUGUCAAGCCCUUACCCAGUGCACUGCCUGGUUCUGCAGACCAACUCGGGCCUGAUUGGUCACCCCGUGUGCCCCUUGUAAAUGUCGACGGUCAUCCCACAACGUCCCAUCGCACGGGUAGAAACUCACACGAGUACACUCACCACUAGUACACUCACUAGUACACUCACCACUAGUACACUCACCACUACACUCACUACUAGUACACUCACCGCUACACUCACCACUAGUACACUCACCACUACUACACU